UAAUGCUUUAACUGUGCCAUUGCAUUAGGAACAAAUAUCCACAGAAAAAGAAAAACACCCAAAAAAUUAAAAAUAGCAGAGCAGCUCAGCAUUACUAGCUUUAGAGGAAAACCUGGGAAAACAAAACCCUCUGAAAACUUCUGAGAUAAUCAGAUGCAGCAGUCAAACCUGUCUCUGAGAUACCCUGUUUGCCCUAUUAGGCAGGGGGCUGGAAAGAGCAGAGCACUCGUCAAAUUACAGAGAUCUGUCAUCUUAAACCCUUGUUAUCAAGUGACAGAAGGCACUGAAACAUUCUACAAACUACUCUAUUUUCCAGUUUGUUUUACAAGAUCAGUGCACAAGCUAAAGCUACACAGAAGGGAACAAGGAAGAAGAAUCUUUACAGCAUCUUCCAGGAAGCGUGUGCAUUGUAGAGGUCUGCAGCUGAAGCUCUCCAAGGAGAGAGCUCUGGCUGUGAGCAGGGCUGGCUGGGUGCCUGGUCUCUCAUUGGGAAGCUUGGCUGUUUGCUGUGCUGAUGAAGAACUUGUCACUGCCUUGCUGAAAGCUGCGUCCCUCGGAGAACUCACACACCACCAUGCCAGCCCAGCAGAAGAAAAUUAUCUUUUGCAUAGCUGGGGUGCUGAGCUUUGCUUGUGCACUGGGGACAGCGGCAGCCAUCAGCACUCAGCUGUGGGUUAAGGGGACGAUACUCUGCAAGACUGGAGCCCUGCUCGUCAACGCCACUGGCCAGGAGAUGGAGAAGUUCAUUGGCGAAAUCCAGUAUGGGCUUCUCUAUGGCGAGCGUGUGAGACAAUGUGGGCUCGGGGGGAGACCUUUCCAGUUUUCAUUUUUUCCAGAUUUGCUCAAAAUUAUCCCUGCAAGUAUCCAUGUUAGUGUCAUUCUCUUCUGUACAGUACUGAUCAUCUUUGCUCUGGUGGGAGCAGGUUUCUUCAUGUUCAAUGCUUUUGGCAGCCCAUAUGAAACUCUGCAUGGUCCUGUUGGGUUGUACCUCUGGAGCUUCAUUGCAUGUUCCUGUGGGUGUCUCAUUAUGAUUCUAUUCUCAUCAGAAGUGAAAAUCCACCACCUUUCAGAGAAAAUCGCUAAUUUCAAAGAGGGAAGUUUUAUAUUCAAGACUCACACUGAAAAGUUUGCAAAUUCAUUCUGGAUCAUCCUGGUUUGCUCCCUGUUGCAAUUUCUGAAUGCCUUGCUAAUAAGAUUUGCUGGAUUUGAAUUUCCCCUUUCAAAAUCAAAAGAUUCAGGGACCACCACUGGAGCAGCUGACCUGAUGUAUUAAAAUUACACAAUUUAAAAACAUUUCAAGCGAAGAGGUCUGUCAGUAUGAUAUUCAACAACUACCAGAUAUAAUAACUUUUAAAAUAUUUCUUUAGAGCUAGCAAUUUACAAGUGAAGGAUUCAAACAAACAUCAAUAUGGCAUAUGCAAGAAACAAAACUCUUGCUAUUUGGUAAUAUAGAACAAAACACCCUCUCUUUCUUAAGGUAAGACCUUACCAAGACAUUUGCCUUUUUUACCAGCAAGAUAUUUGAAAAGUAGUUGGUAUGAAGAAAACUGGGAACACCAAUAGUGUUGAACUAGAUCUAGAAACUAAAAUAAACAGGCUGCAAAUAGAGGCACACCAGCAGCAACACUGCUAUCACCCACAGCAGUUCUGCCCUUUAGCCCUUGUGAAGGUACAAAUGCAGUGGUUACCACG